AUGCCAUUCGGGCUGAAGAACGCAGAAGCAACCUAUCAAAGAUUGGUCACUAAAAUGUUCAAAGAUCAAUUUGACAAGACCAUGAACGUAUAUAUCGACGACAUGCUAGUCAAGUCCGUGAAGGCGGAGGACCAUAUUGACCAUUUGAAGGAAGCUUUCGACAUACUGAGAUGGUACGAAAUGAAACUAAACCUAGAGAAAUGCGCGUUUGGUGUAGCUUCGGGGAAGUUUUUGGGUUUCCUAGUGUCACAAUGGGGGAUCGAGGUCAACCCAGACCAAAUUAAAGCCAUCGAAGGGAUACCAGGGCAACUAACUACUAAGAAGGAAGUCCAAAGCUUAACUGCUCUGGGAGAGCUAAAGUCGUAUCGAUCAUCACCACCUCUACUAUCAAAGCCCGAACCAGGGGAACAUCUCCUCGUCUACCUGGACGCCUCCAAAGUGGCAGUAAGUGCACUUCUGAUCCGAGAAAGUAAAGACCGAGAUCUACAAGCUGCUGCUCAGGUUCGUCGAAUGCCUGCUCGGCCAGAUCCUGCAUGCUUGGAACGCCGAAGCGGACGGCCUCGCCAAAUUAGCCGCAGCCACCAAAGCAUCAUAACUGGGGAUAAAAGUGUAGUCCACCUCCUCAAUUCCUCGCCAGACCAAAUCGAGGUGAACAUCUCCACUCAGUCACCUCUCCGUAGCUGUUCAUCAAGUGGGGAAUGGAUAUCUAGCGUUCACCCAAAUACGCGAAUAAGAGGUAAUCACCUUCAUAUGGAGAAAAAUCAUCUGCCGAUUCAGCUUAUCCAAGAAAUCAGCUACGACAACGAACCUCAGUUCAUGAAAAAGAAAACCGCCGAAUUCUUUGAGAAAUGGCAUAUUAAGAGGAUACUUUCAAUCCCGUAUCACCCAACGGGUAACGGGAAGGCAGAAUCCUCUAACAAGUUCAUAUUAAACAUCAUGAAGAAAAAGCUCGAAGACGUCAAGAGACCGUGGCCGGAAUUACUCCCAGAAGUAUUAUGGGCAUAUAGAACCACCCCGAAGACAAGCACAGGGGAGACAACCUACUCUCUGGUCAAAGGGACCGAAGCAGUCAUACCAGUCGAAGUUGGAGAACCCAGCCUAAGGUACUCCCACUAA